CACACGAUCUUAGAACUCUAUGGAACGAGAAGACAACUCAGAUGUCAUCCCGAUUGAUAUCAUUCACGAGAUACUCUCGAGAUCGUGUAAUAAAUCAAUCGCUAGGUUUGGUCUCGAAUCCAAAUUCUGUGCGUUCAUACUUGGACGUCCAGAGUUCACCGAGUUGUUCCUGACCAGGUCGUCCUCCAAUCAGCCGCCGCGUCUCUUAUUCGCCACCAAUUAUUACUCUAAAUGGCGUUUAUACUCGUGUCCUCAGCCUCAGAGUCCAGAUGAGGAUCAUUCUCUUAUAGUAUCCGCCGAUUAUCAUAUGGAGUUGCUUGGAGACGUAGGACCAGGAAAUAUAUGUGGCCCUGUCUCUGGCCUACUAUACUUCUCUAAUUUGCGGAUCUCAAAGGAAGGUAUAGAUAAAUUGCCGGUGAUAUGUAACCCUAGCACGGGACAGUACACGGGGUUACCUCAGCUGAGAAGUAAGAGUGGUGAGCCGAGGAACUUAUUAGGGUAUGAUCCCAUAUGCAAGCAAUAUAAGGUACUUGCGAUAAGCAAAUCACCUUAUGGAGAGGGACAUUUUCUGACAGUAGGAACAGGAAAAGUGUCAUGGAGAAAGAUCCAGUGUCCCAUACACCAUUAUCCUAUAAGUGAAGGGAUAUGCAUCAAUGGGUUUUUGUAUUACGGGACUGAACACAACAAGGGUGUGGAUAGCUUGCUUUGAUGUUAGGUAUGAAUAGCUUUGGUUUCUUAAUUUUAAGAGAAGUUAUAGUUCUACUACUAGGUUCAAAUCUACUUGUUCCACUAUGGCUUGUAAACUGGUUAAUUACAAGGGUAAAUUAGGCGUGAUUAGUUGGGAUUGGUUCGGUGAACCUUAUGGAAGAAGGCGUAGGGGUACGCUUGAGUUUUAUUUGGAAACCCUAGAGGAUGCCCAUAAACAGGAAUGGUUGAGCUGUCGUUACCCUAUUCCGGUGGAUAUAGUUGUUGAGGGUGUUUUUUCCUUUGUUGGAGUAACUGCUAAUGGUGAAAUAAUUAUGUCCAUGGAUUAUACGUCUAAACCCUUCUAUGUUUUAUUCUUCAAUCUCGAAAGGAAAACUCUCGAAAGAGUUGAAAUCCAAGGUUUUGAAGCUCCUAAGAAUCAUAGUAGAGUCUACACCUUUGUAGACUAUGCCGAAGAUCUCAAGUUUAUAUAACUCAGUGUCUAGAGGUAGUGCAUGCAUGUACCUAGAAAUCUGACUUUUCAUCGUCAGACGGGCUUUGUUGUAAGCUUCAUCAUUUUGUUGGCUUAUCAAAUUUGGUUUCUAAGCUAGGUUUGAUCUCGAUGUUACUUGAAAGCAAAAUAAUAUUU